CUCUUCAUUGGUAAUGAGGCCGACCGGCGCUGCUGCUGCUACUGCUGACCUGUGGAUGCAUACAUUAACCUCUCCUCCAUCGGCAUAGUAUACAUAAUCCUCCAUCCAAUCGACGUAGCCAGGUAGGAGGAAYGGCAGGAAGGUGGAACUGAGCUGGACUGAGCUGAACUGAACUGGGCUGAGCUACAGAACGUGUGUGUUUGGUGUGGUCAUGUCGUGCGGUUCACAGUGAUCSGCUCGUCUGUCAUCUCUCUCCAUCUGUCCUCCAGAGCUGCACGCGGAGCUCCAGCCCAGCUCCUCCUCCUUCUCAACCCAGGAACUGAUGACCAGGCUGGGCUUCUUACUGGGAGAASGGACCCCAGCCUCGCCUAGCAACCCCAUGGAGGACUGGAGGGAAAAGAAGUGUAAUGUCUCUGGCCAGGCGGUGAGCCCAUGCUCCACAUUGACCUGCAGCACUACGUCUCCAUGCUCAGACAGCCCCUGCUCCACCAUGGGUAGUAGCAGUACCGGGGGGCCCCGUCUCCCCAAUCCCAGCCCAGGUGGGACCCUCCUCAGCCCCAGUCCCUGCCGGAGCCCAAACUCCACGCUUGAGAGCCAGGAUAGCGGAAURAUAGCUACCAUCACCAGRUCUUCUGAGAAUGAGGAUCGCGGCGGUUCCACUCUGGAUCUGAGCAAAGAUGGCAGCCGGAGGGCCGCUGGGCAUGGCGGGCACAGAGGRGACUGCCCUCCCGUCGCCAAGGAUGACCUGCCAGGGCCCAGCGAGGCCCCGCCCAGGUCUGAAGUCACCAUCCUAGGGGAACCCAGAACUCCGCCCCCAGACAAGAGGCCCCUCCCACAACGCCACACGCACAGCACUUCUUCCCUUGUGAUGCCACGCCCUAACUCUGUGGCAGCCACUAGUUCCACGAAGCUGGAGGAUCUGAGCUACCUGGAUGAUCAACGGAGUGCUCCCCAGCGAAGCUCCAUCAAACAGCCCUGGAACAGCACAGGGGGAAGGGACGCCAAAGCGCGCUUCGCUCCCUUCAAAUCUGGCGACAUCAUGCUGAAGCCAUUGUUGUUCGAGGUUCCCGCCGUCGCCAUGGAUGCACCGUUCCAAGGCCGUGAUUGGCUGUUCCAUCGGCUAGAGGAGGUCCUAAGGAAGAGUGACACCUGCGAGGGCCGUGGGGCRGUUAUCGUGGGCGAUGUGGGCUUCGGCAAGACGGCCGURGUCUCGCGGRUGGUGGCUCUCAGCUGUCAUGGAGGUCACAUGCAACAGGUCCCCACCCAGAGCCCCUGUACCUCCCCCAAAAUUGGGGAUAGGGGGACAGACGGCGCCUCCAAACAGCCGCCCCAGCCCAGCACCCCCACCACAGACCCCCAGCCCAGUGAAACAACCUGCCCCGGGACACCAGAGGCACACCGAGAGGAGGCUGUCAAACGCCUGGCCAGCAAGGUGGUGUCCUACCACUUCUGCCAGGCUGACAACACCUACACCUGCCUGGUCCCAGAGUUUGUGCACAGUGUCGCCGCCCUGCUGUCCAGAGCGCCACAGCUCAGCGGCUACAGGGAGCUGCUGCUAAAGGAACCUCAUAUACAGAGCAUGCUCAGUCUGCGCUCCUGUGUCCAGGACCCCAUCGCUGCCUUCCGCAGGGGAGUCCUGGAGCCCAUCGUAAACCUGCGGAAGGAAAGGAAGAUCCCGGAAGAAGACUUCAUCCUCCUGGUUGACGGUCUGAACGAGGCAGAGUUCCACAAGCCGGACUACGGAGACACCGUAGCCUCCUUCAUCACCAAGAUCGUCUCCAAGUUCCCCUCCUGGCUCAAACUGUUGGUCUCUGUCAGGACCUGCCUACUGGAGAUUACCACCCUCCUACCCUUCUCCAGACUCUCACUGGACGACUUCCCGGAGAGCAGCGAGAUCGGCGGGGACCUUAGCGACUACAUCCAACACCGGGUCAUCGUCAGCCCCGAGAUUGCCGCCAACGUCACCACACCCAACGGUACCGUCCCCGACCCCCUCCUCCUCAGCAAGUUCAACACCCACCUGGCCUCUCGCAGCCAGGGCUCCUUCCUCUACCUAAAACUGACCCUGGACCUGUUCCAGAGGGAGCACCUGGUUCUCAAGGGAGGCAACUACAUGGUAGUGCCUGUCUCUCUGGCUGAGGUGUACCUGCUGCAGUGCCGUGCGGGGUUCGAAGGGGACCAAACCUUCGAGCGGGUGCUGCCCGUACUCAACGUGGUGCUGGCCUCGUUACACCCGCUGACGGACGAGCAGCUGUUCCGGGCGCUGAACGCUGGGGGUGUGAGAGGAGAGAUGUCCUGGGAGGACUUCCAACAACGCCUGGAGACCCUGGCCUCUGUCCUGGUGAGACGCAGGGACGGCACCCGCAUGCUCUUCCAKCCCUCKUUUAGAGAGUGGCUAGUGUGGAGGGCGGACGGAGAGAGCACCGACUUCCUCUGUGACCCKAGGAGUGGCCAUGCUCUGUUGUCCUUCAUGUUCUCCAGACAGGAGGGCAAGCUGAACCGGCAGCAGACCAUGGAGCUGGGACAUCAUAUCCUGAAAGCACACAUCUUCAAGGGUCAGAGUAAGAGGACAGGUGUGUCCUCCAGUGUUCUGCAGGCUCUGUGGGUGAGCUGUAGCACCGACAGCCUCUCUGCAGCCCUGGCGUCCCUCAGAAAUCUCUACACACCACUAAUGGCUGUCCUUUCACUCAUGCUCUCACUCUCUGUCUCUCUUCCCCCCCUCUCUCAGGUAGCAGAGCUGUUGCUGCAGAGCGGUGUGGACAUUAACACCAUCGAUAAGCAGGGCCGCAGUCUGCUGAUGGUGGCAGCCAGCGAGGGCCACCUCAGCACUGCUGACUUCCUGCUGACAAAGGGCGCGUCUUUAGCCUCCGUGGACAAGGAGGGUCAGACAGCUCUGAGCUGGGCAUGUCUGAAGGGUCAGAAGGGCAUGGUGGAGCGCCUGGUGGAGAAGGGGGCAGAGAUAGAUCACCCUGACAGGAACGGACGUACCCCUCUCCACCUGGCAGCGUUCAACGGUGAUGCAGAGAUGGUUCAGUACCUGGUGGAGAAGGGUGCGGUGGUGGAGCAUGUGGACCACAGUGGGGUGAGGCCUCUGGAGAGGGCUGUGGGCUGUAGAAACGCUGCUGUAGUGGUCACCCUACUGAAGAAAGGGGCCAAGCUGGGCUACAGAACAUCCCCUUAUGAUCGAUCAGGUCAUGCUACGUGGGCGAUGGCCACAUCCAAACCAGACGUCCUUCUCAUUCUCCUACAGAAACUCAUGGAGGAGGGAAACCUGCUGUAUAAGAAGGGGAGGAUGAAGGAGGCAGCCCAGAGGUAUCAGUACGCUCUGAGGAAGUUCCCCCGAGACGGCUUCGGAGACGACCUGAAGGGCCUGAAAGAGCUCCGUGUCUCCUUGUACCUCAACAUGUCACGCUGCCGCAGGAAAACUAAUGAUUUUGGUAUAGCGGAGGAGUUUGCCACCAAAGCCCUUGAACUGAAACCCAAGUCUUAUGAGGCGUUCUACACCAGAGCACGAGCCAAGAGGAGCAGCAGGCAGUAUGCAGCGGCGCUAGCUGACCUCCACGAGGCGUCUCGGCUCUGCCCCACCAACCGUGAGAUCCGCCGUCUGCUGACGCGUGUGGAGGACGAGUGUCAACAACAACAACAGCAGCAGCAGUCCCCCAACACACCACAAGGCCAACAAGCAGCACACAGCCAGACUCCCGACGACCUCACAGAGAGGAGCCAGGACACAGAGAAGAGUUGUGAUACACAGAGCCAGGAUGAACUAGAUGAUGAUUAUGAAGAGAUAGGGGGAGAGGAAGAGCCCUCACAGAACCCCUAUGGACCCAACAGGCCCAAGAACCCCUAUGGACCCYACAGGGCUCUCCCACCAGUACCAGGCGCAGUGGGCUUAGCUCCCCUGGACCCCAGGCCUGGUUCCCCUCUGGACGYGUCCACACAGACCAACCUGUCUCUGGACAAGCAGGGCRCUGUCCUYCAGGGUCCUAGACAYAACCAAAGCAUGAAGACCAAGCAGCAGCAKUGUAACUCCCUGCAGGUAGGGGGCAGACCAGGGGGCAGGCCUAUGUCUCUGUGUGGCCCCUCCAGCCCCCUGCCAGGCAGACACAUCUCCACCUCCCUGAGACCCAGCCCUGGCCUGGGCAUCGACAUCAGCCCUCUGCCCUCCUCUUCCACAGACCACCACCCGGGGCUCACCCCUGUCAACCACCACCACCUCUCCUCCUCCUCCUCAUCUGUCCAGCCCUUCCAGGGCCACUCCUCCAGCUUGGCUAGGGGAACAGACAGGCUCUCAGCCCACCCCGGCACCACGCUGGACGGGCAGGCUGGGUCCCUCACCCCUGGGGUUGGUAAGGAGGUAAGGAGGGAGGGUUUUGGGGGGUCGGCUGGCCCCGGUCUGCGUUCCGGUGGUCAGACGGGCAGUAUGAAGGCCUCCAGCUCUAGCAGUAGCCUAGCCUCCAGCGGGACCCUGUCAGACAGCAGCAGGACCCAGGCUCCUCAGGGGCCCGACGUGCCUCGCCCCAAACCGGCUAAACCAGAGCUCAAGCCUCGGCCAUUCAUGGGGGUGAAGGACAAGGCAGUGCGUGUCCAGGGGCAGCCCCCACCUGGACUGGGCUGGCAAGGUCAGCCUCACUCCCAGCCACUUUCCCCUGAAGGUCUAGAGAACCAGAGACACAGCAUGGCCCCUACGGACAACAUCCAGGGAUUAAAUAAUGAGUUCAAGCGGAGGUCCUCUUACGCUGAGCCACUGCAAAGCCAGGCUCCCCUCCAGGGGCUCAACGGGGCCCAGGCUCAGGCCCAGCACCUGGCCCAACAGGCUCAGGCCAAGGCCCUGGCCAGGGAGUUUGGAGACAGGUUCUACCACAGGGAGUCAAGACCAGGUCCAGCUGCAGGCCUACAUCACUCCUCCCAGUUCCCAGACGGGAACCACCGGCAGGCAGGGCUCACCAGAGAUAACCCAGCCAUCCUACCCAUCAAACCUAAACGCUCCUUUAUAGAAUCCAACGUCUGAACUGACCAUGUUCAUUCAAGCACAAACGCAGGUGCAGACGCCAUAAUAACUUUCUCUGUAUUCCAGAGAAACGGUGGCAAGGGAAGGGUUUCAAAGUUUCUUUCUUAAUCUGACUCUUGUAAAGUGACAGUGUAUGUGAUGCACUGCGUUUAGACUUAAGCAGCAUUUGAGGCUUUUGUGCUUUUUGCGUAAGCAUGCCUAGAGCAACUCCAGAGUGCACAUAAUCAGACCUGGGAAACACCAUAUAGUACCAGCCCAAUAGCUGAACAGUAGCACAGCAUCCUACUAUGGGCCAUUAUAGCAACGUAACUAUGAUGUAGUUUGUAAAGAACAACACUAAAUGGUUUCGAUACUAAUGGACGAGAAGCCAUUUGAUUAAACGAUUGGCACGCAUAUUGAAUAGGGAUAUUUAUACAUUAGAUUUGUAUGUGUUCUAUUUAUAGAUUAUAUAAGUGGUGAUAGCCUUUGUCAGUAUAACAGAGCCCUCGAUGCAAAGUGUUUCACAAUGCAUGGAGGGUUCUAUACCUUUGUACAUUUUAUAAAUAAUCAUAUUUAAUUAAGUGUACAUAUAAUCCUACGGACAUUGUUGUAACUGCUUGUUGUUGCGGUCUAUGUUAAUUUAUUUACUGUGCCGAUGGCUUGGUCAGUUGUAAGAACAAUAUAUUUUAUAUAGUUAUUUUUGCACAGCUAGAGAAAUAAUUGAAAAGUUGAUGGAUUUAUUUCGUUUGUGCGCACAACAUUAACAGUUUACAGUAAGGUACAGAAUAGCUUGRAAGGGUAUUAUUGGUGAGAUGAUACAGAUAUUCUACAUGAACAUUGUUGCCAUCUUUGAUUUGUGAGCUAUGCGACACAUUAUACAGACUAUGCUCAAGCACUACUACCAUAAUCAUGGGGAAUUAAAAUCUCUUUGGAAAACUA